UAUCUUUUUUUUCAUUUUGCUGGUUUAACCGACGUCGUUUUGUGUACAUAAAAAUGUAUUCCCUUCCCUCUGUCACCAAUCCUAAAAACUCUGGUUAAAACCCUAAUCCUCAAAGCGAAAACCCCCAAAACCAAUCAAAGCCAAAGAAUAAAGAAAAGAAAACCAAAACUUGAACGAAGAUGCCGAACCUUGAAUGUCGUAUGUACGAAGCGAAGUAUCCAGAGGUGGACAUGGCGGUAAUGAUACAAGUGAAGAACAUCGCUGAUAUGGGUGCGUACGUGUCACUCCUAGAAUACAACAACAUCGAAGGCAUGAUCCUGUUCUCGGAACUUUCCCGCCGUCGGAUUCGUAGCGUCAGCAGUCUAAUCAAGGUGGGUCGAACCGAGCCCGUGAUGGUCCUCCGUGUCGAUAAGGAAAAGGGUUACAUCGAUUUGAGUAAGAGGAGAGUUAGCGAAGAAGAUAUUCAGGCUUGUGAAGAAAGGUAUAAUAAGAGUAAGCUUGUUCACUCUAUUAUGCGACAUGUUGCCCAGACUUUGGAUAUCGACUUGGAGGAAUUGUACAUUAAAAUUGGCUGGCCUCUAUACCGGAAAUAUGGUCAUGGUUUUGAGGCUUUCAAAAUCAUUGUGACUGAUCCUGAUUCUGUCUUGAACACGCUCACGUAUGAAGUCAAAAAACCUGGUCCAGAUGGACAGGAGGUGACUGAGGUGGUUCCUGCCGUGACUGAGGAAGUCAAAGAUGCUUUGAUAAAAAACAUUAGGAGAAGAAUGACUCCCCAACCUCUGAAGAUUCGGGCUGAUAUUGAAAUGAAAUGUUUCCAGUUUGAUGGUGUUCUUCAUAUCAAGGAGGCCAUGCGUAAAGCUGAGGCUGCCGGGAAUGAUGAUUGUCCUGUUAAAAUCAAGCUUGUUGCUCCUCCACUUUAUGUUCUUACCACUCAAACUCUUGACAAGGAGCAAGGUGUAGCAACUCUCAAUAAGGCAAUUGCAGCUUGCACUGGAACAAUUGAGCAUCACAAGGGUAAACUUGCUGUCAAGGAGCAUCCUAGAGCGGUGAGUGAACGGGAUGAUAAAUUGCUUGCUGAGCACAUGGCAAAGUUACGUAAUGAUAAUGAAGAGGUCAGUGGUGAUGAAGAUAGUGAAGAAGAGGAAGACACAGGCAUGGGAGAAGUUGAUGUCGAGAACACGGGUCACGGAAUAAUGGAAUGAGGUUACUGCAUACAUGAAUUUGAUUGUUAUCAUUUUUUUAAAAAAAAAUUAUUGAUUUCCCCCCUUUUCUGGUUCUAUUUUUUCCGGGCAGUUCAAAACCUCGAGGUAUUGUCUUGUUGAGUUGUUUUGCUAAUUUAUGAUAUCUUUAAGCAAGUUCAAUGGAGUGUAUAGACGGAUGGCCUAUUGAUCCAAGUUUUCAAAAUAUUGAAGCUGUUCUUGUUGAGUA